CCCCAACACAAAUGGCCUACACCGCAGAGCUCCGACUCGCCCUGCGCGCCGUCCACCAUGCAUCGCUCCUCACAAAGGCGGCUCUCCGCAGCCUCUCCAACAACGUGUCAGCCGAGACCAAGGCAGACGACAGCCCCGUCACCAUUGCCGACUUUGCUGCCCAAGCCCUUCUCAUCGCCGCGCUCGCUGCCGUGUACCCUCACGACGCCUUUCUCGGCGAGGAGAGCGCAGAUGCACUGCGCCAAAACGAGCCCCUCGCAGACCGUGUGUGGCAGCUUGUGCAACAGGCCAAAGACGAGGCCGACGCAUGUCUGGAUGCAAAGGGCAAAGACGGCGAGCAGCCCCUGGCCCUGCCCACGACCAAGGACGACAUGCUGGAGCUGAUUGAUCGCGGAGGCAAAGGACAAGUCACGGGAUCUGGACGUGUCUGGGUCAUGGACCCUGUCGACGGCACCGCAACCUUUAUGCAGGGCCAGCAAUAUGCCGUUUGCCUCUGCUUGCUCGUCGACGGCGUGCAGCAAGUGGGAGUGAUUGCCUGCCCCAAUCUUGCUUUUGCCGUCCAGGGCCCGCUGGGUCAGACGCGCCUCCACGAAGAUACGGUCGAUACGGACGGUUACGGCGUGGUACUUUCCGCCGUCAAGGGGCAAGGCACCUUUGUCCGAACCAUGGAUGCCAAGGGCCUGGGAGCACACGCCCGGCACGUGGAUCUCACCACACUGCCCGCCAGGCAGCCUUCUGAGCUAAACUUUGUCGAGGCAACUAUUGGCAAGACGUCGCUAUCGCAGGCCGAGCACAAGGCCGUCGCAACCCUUCUCGGCGCAUCCUGGCCAGGCACAGUCCUCUGGUCCCAGCAGAUGAAGUACGUUGCCCUUGCCCUUGGCGCAACAGACGUCAUGGUGCGCAUUCCAAAGACGCUCGACCGCUUUACCUACGUCUGGGAUCACGCCGGCGGCCACCUCCUAUUCCAGGAGGCCGGCGGCGUCAUUAGCGACUUCAACGGCGAGCAGAUCGACUUUGCCAAUGGCCGCAAGAUCAAGGGCGAGCGCAAUUGGGGCAUGAUAGCUUGUCUGCCCGCCUAUUUCGAGCUCGUUGGUCGCGCAGUCAAGGACGUGCUAGGCAAGAGGCAUGCGUGAGAUGUGCGUUUUAGUGGGGAGUGGUUGACGAUCUGCCCCCUAUAGUACGCCUGCACUACAUGUAUGCGACGGAACAUGCACAUGGUUUGGUGGGUGGGUACUCGUACCAUGAUCAUCUGUUUCUUUCAGCACAUUCAGAUACUCAUCCAUUCCACCCUAACAAUCGAAAAAGAAAAAGAAAGGAAGGAAAAAAAAACUAGAGUGCGCGCGUGUGCAAGAAAAAAAGAGCUACAUAUUAACGAUCAUAAGACUUAUGAUGAUGAUGCUGCUGCUGAUGAUUCACGCCUGCAUAGUUGCAUGCAUGCAUAUGUCUUUGUUUGGUUGGCUGGUCGGCUGCAUAUCGGGGCUAACAAACAAUGAGGGGUGUGUGGGUGGGAUAAUGGACACA